GCAGAGAAGCUGAAACAAGCUCAGACACCAACAACUCGCACGCUGAGGUUUGCAUCCUCGCCCUCCAGUAUCAUCAGCAUGAAGGUCUCUGCAGUGCUUCUGUGCCUGCUGCUCACAGUAGCUGUCUUGAGCACUCAGGUGUCCGCUCAGCCAGAUGCAAUUUUUUCCCAUGUCACCUGCUGCUAUACAUUCAUCCCAAGGAGGAUCCCACUGCAGAAGCUGGUGGGCUACAGAAGAGUCACCAGCAGCAAGUGUCCCAAAGAAGCUGUGAUCUUCAAGACCAAGCUGGACAAGGACAUCUGUGCUGACUCCCAGGAGAAGUGGGUCCAGGCCUCUGUGGAGUACCUGGACAAGAAAAUCCCAACUGCCAAGCCUCCAACACACCUGCCCGUGACCAAAGGGUCUAUACCUAAUUUAUAACCUUCUAACUUUCCCUGAAUGCCCUCUGAUAUUAUUUUAUUAUAUUUUCAAAGAACAUGAACUUUGUUUAUGGGUAUGAAACAUGAUGUCUUAAUUAUGGUAAUCUUAUUUAAGUUAUUGAAGUUUUAAGUCUAUCUUCCACAAAUACGAGCGUGUUUUCGAUGUGGAGACUUGGGCAAAUUGCUUUCUUCUGUGAACCUCAGUUCCACCCCUCAAAUGGAAUGAGGGUCCGCGCACAAAUCAUUAAUGCAGACACAUGUUGUUUUAAAUUGUAAAGUAUUGCUAACAAUGUUACUGUGGAGA